AUGCUGUCUAUUGCUUCCCUAGCUGUGAUUCCGCUGGCGUAUAUCCUCCUUCGUGUCAUAUAUAACACCUGGUUUCAUCCGCUUGCCCACGUUCCCGGCCCGCGCAGCUGGUCUGCCACUCGUUUGCCUUUUAUUUGGGCACUCCUUCGGGGGACGAUUGUGCACGACUUUCAACGCCUACACCGCAGAUACGGGCCAGUCGUCCGCACGGCGCCGGACGAAGUCAGCAUUUCCGAUGGUGAUGGCUGGACAGAUAUCUACUCGGCGAAUUCACCGUUUUUGAAAGACCCUACUUGGUGGAAGAGCCAGCCCGGCCAUCCUGACUCUUUACUGAGUGCCAUCAACCCAGAUAAACAUGCCAUCAUACGCAAAGCUUUGUCGCCUGGUUUUACACCCCGAGCACUGCGGGCGCAAGAGCCGCUUCUACAAAAAUAUGUGAAUCUUUUAGUUCAGCGUUUGCACGAGCGCGUGGAAAAAGCCGAUAUUGGUUACGGAGGGAAAGAAAAGGGCGUGGAAAUCAAUAUGACACCAUGGUUCAAUUAUACAACGUUUGACAUUUUCGGCGAAUUGGGUUUUGGGGAGUCUUUCAAGUGCCUCGAGCACUCACAGUAUCACCCUUGGAUUUCCUUGCUCUUCAACAGCGUCAAAGCGGCGUCGUUUGUAGCUGCAGCGCGCUUCUACCCUUUGCUGGAGUCGCUCUUGAUGAGAUUGAUCCCCCCUGCGCUGCGAAAAAUGCAAAAAGAUCAUUUUCAACAGAUUGCUGAUAAAGUGCAACGACGAUUGGGAUGGGAGUUGCAGCAGCCAGACAUAAUGUCACAUCUUAUCGGCGAAGGUGGCAAGCUAGAGCUACCACUCGGCGAACUGAACGCGACGUUUAUGAUCCUGACCACAGCGGGCAGUGAGACGACAGCCACCGUCUUGACCGGUACGCUCAACUACCUGGUUAACAACCCAGAAAAGCUGGCUAUACUAGUAGACGAGGUACGCUCCACGUUCCAUGGAGUGCUAGAUAUUUCCAUGGAUGCCGUCCGUAAUCUACCGUAUCUCAACGCGGUAAUAAAUGAGGGUCUUCGGCUGUGCCCCCCGGUUCCAUGGAUGCUUCCGCGACUCGUUCCUGGGGGCGGUCGGGUUAUUUCUCGUGUUUGGUUACCUGAAGGGACGCGGGUGUCGCUCCAGCCGUAUAGCCUUUAUCGCGACCCAAAGAAAUUCCAUCAAGCUACCACGUUCAUCCCGGAGCGAUGGCUACCAAUCCAGCCCAGUUCACCAUUCUUCCGAGACGACCGCUCCGCUGUCCAGCCAUUCAGUAUGGGUACCCGGUCAUGUAUGGGGGUCUACAUUGCCUGGGCCGAGAUGAGGCUGAUCCUUGCGAAGCUGCUCUUUGAGUUUGAUUUCGAAUGCAUUCACGAGAAGCAGCUACGGUGGGAAGAACUUAGAACCUUUUUGUUGGUUGAAAAAAGGCCAUUGGAGGUGCGAGUCAGCUCUGUUAAGAAUCAAGCUGCAUAA